UUCAGGCCCAACGCCCAUUUGUGGGACUAUUUCAGGCAUCAGAGGUUGCAUCUGAAUUCACGGUCACUGUCACUUGUCAAAGAACUUAGGCAACUUCCUGGUUUGGCUGCUCGGAGGCUGCUUCUCCUUUACUGGGAAGAUGCAGGACCACGGCAGCCUCCCCUCAGUUCUGGAUGUGCAUGUCAAUGUCACUGGGAGAAGCUCCGUGCUGGGGAAAGUGAAAAGCAGGAAGGCCAGAUGGUCCGUGAGGCCCUCGGAAAUGUCCAACAAAACUUUCAAUCCCAUCCGGGCCAUUGUGGACAACAUGAAGGUGAAGCCAAAUCCAAACAAGACCAUGAUUGCUUUGUCGAUCGGGGACCCUACUGUAUUUGGAAACCUGCCGACAGAUCCUGAAGUUACCCAAGCAAUGAAAGAUGCCCUCGACUCAGGGAAGUUUAAUGGCUAUGUACCCUCCAUCGGCUGCUUAUCCAGUCGGGAGGAAGUUGCUUCUUAUUACCACUGUCCCGAGGCACCCCUGGAAGCUAAGGAUGUCAUUCUGACAAGUGGCUGCAGUCAGGCUAUUGAACUGUGUUUGGCUGUGUUGGCCAACCCAGGGCAAAACAUCCUAGUUCCGAGACCUGGCUUCUCUCUCUACAGGACUCUGGCUGAAUCUAUGGGAAUUGAGGUCAAACUCUACAAUUUGUUGCCAGAGAAGAAUUGGGAAAUUGACCUGAAACAAUUAGAAUCUCUGAUUGAUGAAAAGACAGUUUGUCUUAUUGUCAACAAUCCAUCAAACCCUUGUGGGUCAGUGUUCAGUAGACGUCAUCUCCAGAAAAUUUUGGCAGUGGCUGCAAGGCAGUGUGUCCCCAUCUUAGCUGAUGAGAUCUAUGGAGACAUGGUGUUUUCAGAUUCCAAAUUUGAGCCUCUGGCUACCCUCAGCAGCAAUGUCCCCAUCCUGUCCUGUGGAGGGCUGGCCAAGCGCUGGCUGGUUCCUGGCUGGAGGAUGGGCUGGAUCCUUAUCCAUGACCGAAGAGAUAUUUUUGGCAAUGAGAUCCGAGAUGGGCUGGUGAAACUAAGUCAACGGAUCCUGGGCCCCUGCACCCUUGUCCAGGGAGCUCUGAAAAGCAUCCUGUGUCGCACGCCUCAAGAAUUCUACCACAACACUCUAAGCUUCCUCAAGUCCAAUGCAGAUCUCUGCUAUGGGGCAUUGGCUGCCAUCCCUGGACUCCGGCCCAUUCGCCCUUCUGGGGCCAUGUACCUCAUGGUUGGAAUUGAGAUGGAACAUUUCCCAGAAUUUGAGAAUGAUGUGGAGUUCACGGAGCAGUUAGUUGCCGAGCAAUCCGUCCACUGCCUCCCAGCAACGUGCUUUGAAUAUCCAAAUUUCUUCCGAGUGGUAAUCACAGUCCCUGAAGUGAUGAUGCUGGAGGCCUGUAGCCGGAUCCAAGAGUUCUGUGAACAGCAUUACCAUUGUGCUGAAGGGAGCCAGGAGGAAUGUGACAAAUAGGAUGGAGUAUGUGUCCUGAGUAUGUGUCCCGUCUGGCUGGGGAAACUGGACUGAGCCCUGCUGCCCCUCCAGGAAUCAGGUGCUCCUGCUGGGAAAGGAGCCUCACAAACACCACGUCAAGGGCAGAGAAUUGCUCUGGCUUUCCCCAGCUAUAGCCGCACACACACACUCUAAACCCCAGAUUUCAUCUCACUGUGCUCUGCCGGAGUGACUCACUAAUUCAUUAAUCCAUCCCUCUCCUGUUUGAUUUCCUCCUUUUAUCUUGAGAGUACCAGGUAAACAAAGUGGCCCAGGAAACAGCAGGGACAAGAAAAUCAAGAGCUUAGGAUUCAAGAAACAAAAGAUUGAGGGAACACAUGCCCCCAACCAUUUCUUCUUAUUCUAAGUAAGAACACACUCUCUGUAGUCAGGUUUGAAGCCCAGCUUUUCUGGCUCACUUCAGGUGUACCUCACUGUAUGUAACAGUGCUAGAAGGAAAGAAGUUGGGGACACAUGUAUUUGGUUAAUUCUAAACACAUUAAGAAAAUUUGUUAAUUUGAAGGAUAUAUCAUAGAAACUUGUUGAUUUUUUGGUAGAGAAUUCUUUUGUGACAAAUAAUUCAAUUGAUAGUUUCUAAAUAUAGAUAUAUGUAUAUCAGGCUUUCUUAAAAUGAAGGCAUAUCUGUACUAAAAAAAAGGAGGAAUCAGAGGACCUUCCAGAAAUGCUGCUGUGUAAGGGCCAGAAUUAUCCUCACUUGUCAAUCAUUAUUACUUUUGCUGUAACAUUGAUACUGAUUUAUUGAUAUAUAUAUAUUAUAUUAUCUUUUCAUAUGUUUUCUAAGAAACAUUUAUAUUGACAAGAUCUUUUAUUUUGCCAAGGGCAUAAAUUAUUGUUUUUCUUUUUUAUUUUAAUAAAUUUUACUAAGUAUUCUCUUCUGUGAUGCCAUUUUUCUCCUCUGUGGGAAAUUUCUAUCCCCAGGUGCUGCUUAUUGCUCAACCUGGUUGAUGUAUUACCCACUAGGUUUCAUUUAUUUCUCUGUCGCCUAGAUUCACUAACCACUUACUGGGUAACAAGUUGAAUUGGUUCAGCUAACCAAGAGAAUGAGGUGUGUCCAAGAUCUUUUUUCCAUAUGAGCUUUUUGUCUGCAAAUCCUCUUAGGCACAGUUGCCUACUUUUUUCCCCUCACCAUUCCCUUGGAGGAGGGAACCUGAAGUUAUCUUACAAGGUUAGGGGAAGGAAUGUAUCAUAACCAUCCUGGAGAUUCCUUACUAAGGGAUAUUUUCCUUGUCUAGAAUAGGAACUUCGAGUCCCAACCCUGCCAAACACACUCAAUUAACUUCCUUUACAAAAAUAAACAUCAAAUGUCCCCCUUCCGAUCUAGCUGGACUUUAGCGAAAUCAACUAAAAUUUACCCUUCAAUUUUCUUCAGCAAAUCCAAAAGGAAUAUACAAAUGAUUGAGAUGAUGAAAAUUUGUUUCCUGUAUGCCAACCCUGCCGGCUUUUCGAAAAUUCCUGGCUCCUCUUUUCCUGUACUUUCCGCCCCAAUUCCCAAGGACGUUUGUUCAGAAAUAAACAGGAAAACUUAG